GACUCAAACGCGAGGUCACGAGUUUGAGGUACGAAAACACGCAACUGCAAGCGGAACGAGACCGUUUGCGACGAAUGCUUGGGCUUCCAGGAGCUGGGUCACCCGUCAACGGUGUUGUUCCUCUGAGUGAGGCAAAAACCAAGGAUAGAUACUCGCCGGUGGAGCAAGAGACCCGACCCAACGUUAUGCGCUCUACGACAAAGCACCCGUUCAGUGGGUUCACUGUGACGACCAACAUUGAGACGACGACGAUUCCGCGUGACACGCCAGCCGUUCGGACGCAGGCGGUCGGGGGCGAGCAGACGAUUGUCACAGGUGGAUCAAGUUCUGCCACGAAACCGUCGGAAAAUAUGCGAGGGGAAAUGAAGGGGAGCGAAAGGAACUUCGAGUCGCACACUGGCAGGAGUUAUGCAGGCGUGCCGAGCAAGAACGUUGCCUGGUGUGACGAAAUUAUUCCUACCUCUGGUCGUUUUCGAGCCGACUUGGACGAUGCCAAAGCCAUGAUCGAUGCCUUGAAGGAAGAGUUGAAUGCGUGCCAAAGAGAACGUGACUCUCUACGACAAGAGAAAUUUGAUAUGAAGUUUUUGAAUGACACUUUACUUUCUGACCUCGAGCGACAAAAGAAAGCCAACGAGAGGCUGGAGGAGGACAACCGAAUUCAAUACAAAAUUGCGACCGAAAGCGGUCCGCCUUCCAUUGCCACACAAGCGAUGAUCAAGCGUCUGGAGCGUGAAAAGCAAAAUUUGCAAACCGAAGUGACUGCUUUGAAAUUGGACCGAGACCGAUUGCGCGACCGUCUCAAGGUUGCCUCUGAUGCUGCCAGGACAGAAAGGAUGCAGUCGCAGAACCAGACGGAGGCCUUGAAGCUGAAAAUUGCUUCCCUCGAACGAAAUCACGGAGAGAUUUUAUCUCGAGAAGCUUCGCAGAAAUCCAUGACAAACAACUUCCGCGAUCAGGUCAUGUCCCUGCAGCGGGAACUGACCAUCACUCGCACGGAGCUGAGUCAGCAGCGAGCAGCUGCAAACCAGUUGAAAUUAUUAUGCGAGGAGAAGGAACGCCGCGUGGAGAAAUUGGAAGUCGAAGGCGUUGGUUUGCAUCGGCAACUGGCUUCUGCCGAGAAGAAGCUCGAGACUUGCUGCAAGGAGAACGGAGCGCUGAAGGCGGAGAUGCAGACCUUGCAGGGACAGCUGGCCCGCACC